AUGAAACAUUGGGCUGAUACGGAAGGCGAUCUGGAGCGAGGCAGUAGUCAAGAAGCGAUCUUGGAAGAGGAGGAAUCGCCAAAGAAGGGCAUGUCGCGUCUUUGGGGCAAGAUUAAAAGAAGUUCGGCAGAAGAGCUGGAUUCGGAUAUGACAAUUACGGUGGAACGCGAGGUGGAACUACAAGUCGAGUCGGGACAAAGACGUCCUUCGCGAUACGCGACCCAUGGAGACCUCCACGAGAACCACAUGCCAUUACCACCACUAGCGCCAAGAUCUCGCGGACAUGAUCGGUGA